AUGCCAGCAAAGCGUCGUGCAGCGCCUGCAAAGGCUCGUCCGGCGCCAAAACGCGCCUCCAAGCUUGCCAAAGAGAAUGGCCUGAAUGCAGAUCAAGAGGCUGAGAUCCGUGAAGCAUUUGGCCUGUUCGCUGUGCACCACCCAGAGCACGAGGAAUCAAAGGAAGGCGUGUUGCGCAAAGACGACGUGCGCCGGUGCUUGAUCUCUCUGAAUCUGGCACCAGAAAAGUCCGAAGUGCCCUCGAUCCUUGCAACCAUCGAUCCGCUCCACACUGGCUUUGUCGAGUUUGUGCCGUUUCUUUCCUACGCCGCCAUUGCCAUGCACUCGAAGGAGGCCGGGUCAGAUGACGACAUGGAAGACGACGACGAUUACCGAGCCACGAGCAAUGCAGAAGAAGUCAGCGCAGGGUACCAGCUCUUCACUCACGGAGGGCCCGGACCGAUCACACUAGGCCAUCUUAGACGGAUAGCGAAAGAACUCAGAGAAGAUGUGCCGGACGAAGUCUUGAGGGAUAUGAUCCUCGAAGCGAACGGCGGCGUGCGAGGCAGGGGCAAGGACGUCGGUGGAGUCACUCUGGAAGAGUUUGAGAGUGUGAUGACGCGGGCAGGGCUGUCAUUCGGAUGA